AAAUUUAUUAAAAACCAAAAUAAUUUCGAUUUCUAUACUUUUAAUUAUAUUCCCAUUCCAGUCCCCCAAAACUCUCCCCCAGCCCCCAAUUCCUCUCCUCUUCCUUCCCUCCUUCUUCAAUGGCUUCCUCGAAUUGGGGGUUGUUCUCUUCCCUUUCCCUUUUUCUUCUCUUUUUCUCCCCCGCCUAUUCUCAACCCUGCUCUUCUAGAACAUUCUCCAACAACAAUCUCUACUCUCAUUGCUCCCAUCUCCCUUCCCUUUCUGCUUUCCUCCAUUGGACUUACGACUCCUCUAAUUCCUCUCUCUCCCUUGCCUUCGUUGCUAAAUCCACCGGAUGGAUCGCUUGGGCUAUAAAUCCCACCUCCACCGGCAUGGUUGGCUCUCAGGCUCUCGUUGCCUACCUCGACUCCGGCGUACCUCUUGUUCGUACCUACAAUGUUGCCUCUUAUGGCUCUGUUAAGCCUUCUAAGCUUUCCUUCGAGGUUUGGGAUACAUCGGCCGAGUCUUCCGGUGGAGAGUUGAUCAUUUUUGCCAAAUUGAAGCUUCCAACCGCUGCUACUACGCUUAAUCAGGUCUGGCAAGCUGGGCCGUCCGUGGAUGGAACUACUUUGGCGGUUCAUCCGUUCCAACCCGAGAAUCUCAACGCUAAAGGAACCCUAGGUUUGUCUGGUGGUGAAGUCAAGAACAACGAUAGUGGUGAAGUGGAUUCGCGAACAAUGAGGAAAAAUAUUCAUGGAGUUUUGAACGCGGUGAGUUGGGGGCUUUUGUUCCCGAUUGGAGUAGUGAUGGCGAGAUACCUUAGGGUUUUUCCGUCGGCAGAUCCGGCGUGGUUUUAUCUUCAUAUUUCUUGCCAGAUUUCUGCAUACGCCAUUGGAGUAGCUGGUUGGGGGACUGGAAUGAAGCUUGGGAGUGAAUCGGAAGGUUUUGUGGCUUACGAUCACCGGAACAUCGGAAUUGCCCUCUUCUCCAUGGCCACUUUGCAGAUGUUUGCAUUGUUCUUGAGACCAAAGAAGGACCACAAAUACAGAGUGUAUUGGAACGUAUAUCACCACAGCAUCGGGUACUCAAUUCUCAUCCUUGGCAUCAUCAAUGUCUUCAAAGGCUUCAACAUGCUCAACCCCGACCGCAAAUGGAAGUCCACCUACAUCGUGGUUAUCGCCGUCGUUGGUGUCAUUGCUGUCGUUUUAGAAGCCUUCACUUGGGUUGUGGUCUUGAAGAGAAAAUCUUCCAAAAAAUCCACCAAACCAUUCGACGGCGAAUCCCAUCAGUAGAUGACGACGAUAAAAUCUUCCAACAAAUCCACACCAAAGAAAUCCCAUUAUUAGAUGCCCUCGUCUUCCAUCUGUAGAUGUCUUGGUCGCUGCUGCUAAUCCCCUUGUUUCUUCGCUUAACUUAUCAUGUUUAUCCCUCUUUCCUUCUAUAAUAUAUGUUUUAAUUAGUCAUUGAGAACAAAAGGAGAGGAGAGUUGUUUGUAUAAUUUAUUCUUUUUGUUUUUUGUUUUUUAUUUUUUUUCCUAUAGUACUCUCACUCACCUUUGAUCAGUCUCAUAUUUGUUUAUUAUACGAAAAAAGUUGAGGUAAGUAUUUCUAA